CAUAUCUCUGCCUACUGUUCCGUAUGGACAUUGACGUUGAUGGCCUUGGACCGAUACUUGGCAGUCGUCUAUCCAGUCGAUUCACUCACAUUGCGUUCACCUAAGAACACCAUCAUAGCCCUUGUUGUUAUUUACACGAUUAUAGUGGCAACACAGAUCCCAGUUGGUCUUAUGCAUGGCAUUUAUACCUACGAUUUCAUUAUCGAAGAACGGUCAACGUGUGCUAUCGGUAGACUGAAAUACCCAGCCCUUGCCAUUGUCGUAGAUGGUGUGUGCAAUGAGCUUUAUCGCGUACUAUCUCGCGGAAUCGAGUCCCAGCCUAUUCCUAUCUGA